CCUGGAAGCAAUGAGUUGUAGUAGGAAGGUCAGGGCGUGAGCCCAGUGGCCUGUGCUAAAUGUGUGUGUCUCCCCCACGGCCACCCGCACUCAGACGGCAACGCUCAAGUGAGACAUUCGGGACUGGCUGCUGCAGCUCUCGGGGCCCUUCUGGCGCUGGCAUCUCAGGAGGCAUGAGGGAAACCUCGUGUCUGCUGCUGUGACUGCGGCUAAGUGUUAUGUUUUGCAGCAAAAGUUGUAGGGGACUUGUGAGGAAGAAUAGACGUGAUGUUCUCUCCUGCCUCAAGUGUCAGAGAAGCCAAGGCAUAUCUAGGGAAUGCUACUGGGCCAUAGCAUUCCCAGUGCCACGCUGCAGAAGACUUUGGGAUGUUGUGUCUUCUGAUGUUGAAAGCUUCCAGUGCUGAAAUGAGGCUGGAAAAGAACGCACAGCGUGUGCUGCUCCUGCACCUCCUCCGUGCGUGAAGUCACAGGCAAGUGGAAAAGACACAGACUGUCCUGUCACAGGAAGGCAGCUUCAGGUUCCUUUCCAUGGCACUACUGGGAGCACACAAAGAUGUGCUGUGGUGGUAGCUUGGUGUAAGGUGUGCGUCUUCUCUGCCUGUACUGUGAAGCUUUCCACACAGUGUUGCUGUCGGACUUGAAGGUAAUCAAGCCGUCACGUGUCUGGUGUGGUCUACUAACUUGACCUGUGAAAUUACCAAAAAAUGAGGAAAAAGUUCAGCCAGCAAGACAUCUACCACCAAAAAAUUCAGCAAAUGAGUAGCUGCAAUACUUGGCAUCAUCUAGGUCUUUUAUAUAUGCUGCACUUACGCUGCACAGGGCUAAACGCACUUGCAGAGACCAGCAUGCUACAGGAACCACUUUGGGCACACAGCUGGGGGGUCCUAUUACACAUCUGUAAGUAUCUGAGCCUUGGGGUGUGCUCAGUGCUGGCACAAGGACCCCAAGCACACUGCAGGUAUGUGAGCAGCAGGCACUGAUGGCAUGUCUUUGGCCUCAGGCUCCGAUGCCAUGAGCGUUGGUCCUCAGACCGCACUGGGAGAGACAAGCAGCAGGUCCCGAUGCACUGGGACCUGUGUCAUCCUGCGUGUGCAAGAGCAGAUGCCCACGUCAAGGCCCCCAGGGAGCACUGGAGCUGCAUGAGCAUGUCAAAGGCUGUAGUGCCGCUGAGACAGGCACUGGAUUCCAGUUGGCACUGCAGACACUGUGGCCAUCCUGUGUCACUAGCACUGGUCCCACGCAGCACUAUGGGCAUCAGGUCCUGGGCAUGGAUGAUGGACCUGGUCCAUGCUGCAGGUGUGUGAAUGACAGCGGUGGAGUCCUGCGCCUUGGUGCUGAGUCCUGAGCAGACAUGGGCGGCAGGGCUGGUGCUGCAGGAGUUGGACCGUGGUGACAGAGGUGCAGAAGGCCACUGUGCCUUUGUGCUGCUGCCUCUCUGAAAGCAGCCCAGCAGUGAUGGGGAGCAAAGGGGACCCACACCAUGUCUGUGCUCCUGUGGCAGUUGUGCGGUGCUCGUUCUGGAUCUAUUUGUCUCUGCAGAUAAUGGAUGUGGCCUGUUCUGGUCACCCCACUCCAGCUGGAAUAAAUGUCCUAUGCCAAACAAUUCCGCUGCAUCUGGCUGUUUUGCUGUAGUCCUGCAGCUGCAGAACGACCAGUUACUCACUAUCCGUUAGAGCAAGUGGGAAGUUUCCCCUGAGCUUCCGCCAUGGUUCACUGUAGGCUGGGGGGAAGGGGAUGAGGACCUGUAUCUCAUGUGAUGUGGUUUCAAUACAGAUCACAGACAAGUGGAUCUGUGUGUUCAAGAGGCUGAGGGAGUUUGCAACUUGUGUGUGUGCAAAUACAGUGUUUCUUUUACAGGAGGACACUAUAUAUGUUCUUAGUGGCAGCUCUGUCCCAAGAUUUGUUUCGUACCUGACAUAAAAGCAGGGAAUGCCAGUGCUUCUGUGUCCCCCUCCAGCACAGCUGGGUGUAACCACCCGAAUCCAUGCACAAGCUCUGCACAUCUGUCUCUACCUGACACUGAACUUGGGCACAUCUGACUCGCUGCUCCUGCUGUUCUCUCCAGAUGACUACCACGUGAAUGCACCAUAGUGGAAGUAGACUUGUGUUCUGCUUAUCUUUCCUAACCUGGAUUAGGCUAGUAGAGGACUCUAAAUGUCUGUCAAGUUUUGGAAAUAAAAAGAUUCAAAAAGCUGUUUUUCUUCUGAUGGCUGUCAGUGUCUCAGGGAAAGAAUGUGCUGAACACGUGAGUCUCAGUAGUUUCUCUGCAAGAUUCUUUUCUGUUUGGCUUAGACUGCAGUGAAGUGAUGUGUGUUUUUCUGGAAAACAAAACAUGACCUGGAAAAAAACCUACUUUUUUGGGAAAAGUUGAAGACUGGGAUGUUAUUCUUCCUUUCCUCCGAAGACAGUGUAAUUCAAAGUCUGAAUGAGAUGGAUCAUUCAGAUACAACAGAGAAGCUGUUGCUGCUGAGGAUGUGGUGCUGGUGGGGUUUGGUACCCCCUUAACAGGGCCAUCAUAAGCGUAAGACUGGCUUUGUACAGAAACUGGCCCUUCCAGUGCAGGACACAGCGGCUGCUGUCACUGCUUUCUGCUGGCAGCACAAACCCAACCGCAACAUGGAACCUGCAGUGUCUUUGGUCACAGCAAGCUCCUUUUUUAAUCAUAUGCCAAUAACAAAUUAUUUCAGGUAUUCUGCUGUCAUUGGCUGGUGAACUUAAUGGAUCCCAUGAAUGCUCCUGGCUACUGCACAUCUGUGGGUAUUGGGCUGCAGCACCUUGAAUGCUCUCAAAGAACUUGCAAAAACACAUUUGAUGAUAGAUUUAAGGCUGGAGCCCCUGAAAUGGUGUUUUCUGAGGUGCCUGUUAACUUCUUCCACAGGUGCUCUACGCUUUUAGUGAUGCUCCAUUAAGAAGCUUUCUGGGUCUUGUUUGGAAUGAAACAUUACAAUUAAAAGCUUCUCUAGGCUGCUUCAACAAAUAUGUUUUUGGGGCAGUUCUUGCUGUUGUGGGUUAGGAGGGAGGAUUCAACUGCUUUGACACCUCAGGUAAGAGAUCUAGGGGUAACUGUACUUGUGUCAUUAGCAGUCUAAUGGGCUGUCCUUGGUGUUUUCCUCAGGGAGCCGUAUGCCUACGGGGAUGGCCGAGACACCAGGCGCGACCGCUCCCCUCUUCGGGGGAGCCCGCGGAGAGACCCCAGAGAUGGUAGAAAUGGCCGAGAUUCCAGAGACACUCGAGACAUCCGAGCUAGAGACAUGCGUGACGCCAGAGACCACAGGGACCCCCGGGACCUGCGGGACCCACGGGACAUCAGGGAUCCAAGAGACCUGCGGGACCCUCGGGAUGUUCGAGACCUUCGUGACCCACGGGAGCCGCUGUAUGAUCGAUACAGGGAUCCACGGGAUAUGAGAAAUCCACGAGAUGUGAGGGAUCCACGGGAUAUGAGAGACCCUCGCGACCCUUUGUACAGACGAGAUGAAUCCUAUGACCGUUACCUUCGGUUCGAAGACUACUGUCGGCGGAAGGAUGACUCUUACUAUGACCGUUACAAAGAGCAUUUUGACAGAGCACCAGUGAAUUCAGAUGAGCGCCUGAAGCGGGAGGAGCGGCGCCGGGAGGAGCUGUAUCGUCAAUACUACGAGGAAAUCAAGAGACGUUUUGACGCAGAGAGACCGGUGGAUUGUUCUGUGAUCGUGGUGAAUAAACAGACAAAGGAGUACGCGGAGUCAGUGGGGCGGAAAGUGCGGGAUCUGGGCAUGGUAGUGGACCUGAUCUUCCUCAACACGGAGAUGUCACUGACGCAAGCCCUGGACGAUGUGAGCAGAGGAGGGUCUCCUUUUGCCAUUGUCAUCACCCAGCAGCAUCAAGUUCACCGCUCUUGCACUGUUAACAUCAUGUUUGGCACCCCACAAGAGCACCGCAACAUGCCCCAGGCGGAUGCCAUGGUGCUGGUGGCCAGGAAUUACGAGCGCUACAAAACAGAGUGUCGGGAGAAGGAGCGCGAGGAGAUCGCCCGGCAGGCGGCCAAGAUGGCGGAUGAGGCUGUCCUGCAGGAGCGGGAGCGCCCGGGCCCUGGGGAUGAGGGGGCCCGGGGAGGUCACCCCCCGGCGAUCCAGACCCUCCUGAACCUGCUGGCAGACAACCGCUACCUGACUGCCGAGGAGAUGGACAAAGUGAUCAAUUACCUGAGGGACCGGAAGGAGCGCCUCCUGAGGGGCAGCACCGAGACUUUGCAGGCACCCAUGUCAAGACAAUCCUUGGGGGCACCUUCAGGAUCAUCUCUGGGUAGUCAGUCCAGCCUUCCAAGCAAUCAGGCUCAUCAGGGUUCACAGCCUCUGGUCUCUGCUCCUUCUGUUCCAGUGUCCUCUUCUAAUCCUCAGCAGGAGCUUCAAGCAAAAAUCCUCAGUCUCUUCAACAGCGGGGCGGCAGCUGUGGCGAACAGCACUCCCGCAGCCGCUGCCGGCACAUCGGGCGGCGCGCCGAGCCAGAACUUCGCUAGCAUGGGCAGCGGCCAGGCCCGCCCAGCGCAGAUGGGUGCUGGAAACUUAAACCAGGCUCAGCAGAGAUUGCAGACUCCAAGCACACAGAUUCCUGCUCUCCAAGGCCCUGCAAGAAAUGCAGGUCCGAGACCUGGAGCUCCUCCACCAGCUCAGUCGCUCUACGGUCAGCACCAGAAUCGCCUCCCUACGCCUAGCAAUGUACCUGCUCAAAGGCCAGUAUCUUCUGGUAUCAACUUUGACAACCCCAGCGUGCAGAAAGCCUUGGACACCCUUAUCCAGAGUGGUCCUGCGCUCUCCCACUUAGUGAGCCAAACAGUGGCCCAGGGGCGAGCAGGGUCCUCAGGCCAGCAACCUCUGGGUUCCUACCAGCGACACUACUAAAGCUGAGCUGUCAGGCCCUUUCCCCCUCCCUUUGCCAUUCCAUACUUAUAGCUGUUUGAAGAGUCUCCUGUCCUUGACAUGGGACAAAUGCCCCUGGAUAUGCAUGUGCUCUCCACUUGACGAGAGUGUACCCCAGUGGCACUGUGCUCUGGCUGGCAGUGUCUGGAGAAGCACACUCUGGUUCCCCAGUGCAGGAGCUGCUUUUGAUGGUUGUUUUGUCCAGUCCCAGAAGCUGCUGCAGUGAUGGUCCUGCUGCAUUUUCCUCGCUUCCAGCAGCCGGUGCAUCUCCACGCUGAGAUGCAGCCUGGUCUUGCUGAGUGGUCUCAGUAUAGUUUUGGGUCAGUGGUUUUGAGGAAACGGGGGACUGGACAGAGCCUGACUGGGCCUCUUGGAGACCCACCUUCUCAGAAUGGGCACUAUUUUUCUUUGGGUUUCUUUUUUUAAUUUUAUUUUUUUUUUUAAUGACACAUAAGCCAGUUGGAAGUUCCAGUGGUAGCACUAGAGCUGAACUCACGGAGCACAUGCCUGACCCUACUCAGUUACCCAGGACCACACUGUCUGGUCCUUCCCUCGCUGGAGUGUCAUGUCCCGGCAGAGUGGGGCGGAGGAGUGCUGGUCCCCGCACCCAGCCCAUGGAAAGCAGCAGCUUUGGCCCCAGUACUGUGGCAGAUCUGAAACAAGAGCUUCCAGCCAAGGCAGAAAUUUGAAAUGGGCUGUCAGUUUUCCUACACCCAGCAGUCAGUGUUAAGAUCGAUCUGUUAAAUUUGGCGUAUAAAUUUCCUCUCAUCUAACCCUGACUGGGGACAGUUGGUUGCUGUAGCCCAACACCUCAGCCGCAGCCUGCUGCUGGCUCUGCCUUGGCAAUACCUGCAGCUAAUUACAAGGGGAGUGCUCUCGCUGUUGGUUGGUGUUUUGUCCCUCUGAGGAGGUGAGGCAGUGCCAUGACGCAAUACCAUCAUUUUAUCCAUUUUCUUCAAUACUUUGGUAGCUGCAGCAGACAGUUGAGUGGAAAAUGGGGCAGUGAUUCUUCACCGUGUUUAUAACCAGUAACAUACUUUGAUACUAGAACACAAAACAUCUCUUAAUGACCUGGUCCUCGCCAUCACAGCCCCCUUAGUCCGGGCAGCACCAAGCGAGCAGUGUUCUCGGAGCUGAGGGUUCAUUUGUCCCAGGUGGUUUGUGUUGUAGCAUUUGAUUUUUUUUUUUCUCUCUGUGCUGUUAACAGGAGGAUGUUACUUUCUAAUAAAAAGACAGGAAAAAUG